AUGGUAGACGGUAGUCUUUCUGCUCAGGCUACCGUACUCACAUUCCGUCCGAUUGUCGAUCGUCCAAAUGUGGCCCGAGUACAACUUUUGCUGUGUAAUAUAUCUGACCGAGCACUUCACUUCAAAUUGAAAAGUAAUGCGGAAAUUCCGCCGCAUUCUCAAGUGCGAUUAGUUUUAACAUGGACAAAACCUCCACAAUUUCAACACUGGAAAGAAGUGCCUCCGCCAAAACUAUUGAUCGUCACUCGAUAUUUGGAUUCCACUGGUAGUAAAUCCGAUGCUUCUCAAACCGCAAUUCGCCUUAUUGCUCGUGUGAGUUCAUCUAAAACGUGCUUCGCUUCAAAUCCACCUAUUGAGCAAUUGCUGCUAGAUGCCGCGGGCAAAGCAGAAGGCAUGGAAGUGUCCUCGGUCUUACCGGAGGGAACAGCACGUACUCCUGAAAAAGUUGAAGAGCAACCUAGCCAUGCUGUGCAGACCGGAAAAGAAGUGGCUGAUUUCCUUAAUGCCAUCAGUGAUAGAGGGUUGCUCCUCGUCAUCCUAUUCUUGCUAGCUGCUAUGUACAUUCAUCUUCACGAAGAGCUCCCACUUGAAAAGUCUGCUCUGGAGUUCAUGAUGUCGUCAUUCCCCGACGUUAAAGAAAAAGAGGAGAUGCGGAAGAUCGUCGGUCGCUACGGCAUCACAGGUCGAGAACAAGUUUGCCCAAUGAAGCAAUUGUCGGAUGGGCAGCGAUGCCGUGUUUCAUUUGCAUGGCUGGCGUGGCAACAACCUCAUCUCCUUUUACUUGAUGAGCCCACGAACCACCUCGAUAUGGAGUCUAUUGAUGCCCUUGCUGAGGCAAUCAAUUGCUUUCCCGGUGGGAUGAUUCUCGUUUCCCACGACUUCCGUCUCGUUAGUCAGGUGGCGGAGGAGGUCUGGGUAUGUGAUAACCAGACAAUCAAGAAGUGGGAUGGUGACAUUUUCUCAUUCAAAGAGCAUCUUCGUCGGGAAAUUGACCGUGAUGCACGAGCUCGAGAAAGGGGUCUUACAAAAGAACGUUGA